AUGGAAUGUGAAAAAACUGACAGGAGUGAUGUUCCUUAUUAUAAACUGAUGGAUGUUAUUUGGGACUGACCAGUGACUACAUCUUUUAAAUUAAUAGAAAGCGUUGUAAAGUAUGCAGAUGUUUUCAGCCUCUUUAGUUUUCUAAACAAGUCAAAAAUGAUAAUUUGAAUUCGGGAACAUUCAAUAUCAUUAACCGGUAGCAGCAAUAUUGAUGAAACCGUCUGAAGGCACCAAACCACAAACCAUGCAUAAAAGGGUGACCUCCGACGUCUCUCUAACAAUGACUCAGGCCUGCCCUGACUGUGGAUGUACCUGUAGGGGAUGCUUCUCUAACCACUCAAGACAGGUAGGCUCACACUUAGCCUCAGUUUGGCCAGCAGAUGAGAAUCACAGCCUGGACCUUCACCAGGAGAUUGAGGCUCUGGAGAGUCAACUGAGGAAGAGCAACAACCACAUCUCGCAGAUAGAACACGAAAUCAUCGACAGUAAACACGUGGCGGAAUACGAGGUGCUGAAACUGACCGAGGAGCUCGCCAAACUCCGCGACCGAUAUGACAGAUUGUAUGAAAGUCAUAAAAGGUUACAAAAAGUAAACCAUGGACUGGAGGACAAACUCUUAAAAGUGGUGAACAGCUUUGAAGGUGACAAGAUGGGCCUUCAGAAAGAAGUGGCUCUAUUGACCUCUAAAGUAGUAGAAGCCAAAUCUCACGUCUGCGAACUGGAGGAGGAAAAUGAACAAACCAGAAAAGACUGCAACUAUGCUGUCCAGCUACUUCAGUGUAAACCCUCCAACUUUGUGGCCCACAAGCUGAACACGCUUCCGAUGGAUCUUCAGGAAAGAGUCAAAAGUCACAUGACACGAGAGGAAAUCAUCAACUGCGAGGAUGCUCCUCCGAAUAACGAAUUGACAAAACUGAUCCGCGUUCCAAUGCAGACAUUUCCUCCUACAGCCAUGGUGUAUUCCAUCAACAACAGCUCCCAGAAAUCUAACAAAGACGCAAACACAAACUCCACAGACUCCGUACCCAUGAAUCUCAUAGCAAAGGUGCUUACUCAGCCGGAGUCGAGACGUAAACCCCGGAGGAUGUAUAUUUGUAUACAGUGUAAACUUGACGUUGUUGUACAUGACAAGGAGGUCCAGGUGUGCAUGGGUCGGGAGAUAAAUGGAUCAAACGGUGGGACAGGCAGCUCCGGAAGCCUCCGAGUCCACAAACCGUCAGGCCGGAUACGGACAAGUUCAACGGAAACAGAAAUAUGAAUUUCAAAGUGCCGUCUUGUAAUUAUUAAAAUCGCACUUAAUUGAUACCUUUUAUUGUUUUAAAAGUUUCAGACAUUCAGUUCAAUGUUCAUCAUAGUUUUUGUCCAUUGAAAAGUCAUCAUUUUUGUGUAGUAUUCAGUUUCUAUAGAAACAAAGAAUAUUAAGUGUUGUAAGUUAUAAAUGUGUUAUAAAAAUUUAACGCAUUAAAAUUUGUGAAAUUUCUUUAAUAACAUUUUCUCCAUUCACUGCAAUAUUAACUUUUUCAUAUAUUAAAUUGUGUUUUAAUUUACUGUCUAUAAAUAUUUCAGAUAGGGCAAUAUUUGACAUGACAUUUACGUACCAAAGUUGUUAUCCAUCACCCAUUCUAAAUGAACAAUUGAUAUUUUUACAAAAGAUUUACAAUCAGGUUUUGAAUCCGGGAUCUUUGGUAUGAGUGAUAUAUAAUGUUAAUUUUUUUUUCUUUUUUUUUCUCCGUAUUCUUAGUCCAAUUUUCAAAUUUAGAUUUGACAAACAGUAUACAAUAGCCGAAUAUCGUAGUGCAUAAAAUGGUGUUUUCUUAUUAAUCAAAUUUUAACAAGUGACAUUAAGUCUUUACAAUUUUGAUUAUAUGCAUUCAUUCGAGGUUAAGUACCUUACAAAUUGUUUUGCACUUUGGUAAUAAGAUAACAGUUAAACAAAAAUUACACGUAGUUAUAAAUGUCAGUGUUCCACUCUGUGUUAACUCAUUCACCCCUGAAAACACAUUUGAACUCUUCCAACUCAAAGAUUGGAAUAGUUCAUUAUGCAACUUCAGGGGUGAAUGAGUUAAUGUAAAGAGUCAUUAAAAUAGGAAGGAAAAUAGUACAAUAAAACUUAAAAUGAAAUCUAUCAAUUCACUUUAAACCAUUAAAUUGACUCUAGAUCUAUCAGCCAUUGAUUCUGGAAAUUGAAAUUGAUGAAAUUUCUGAGAUAAAAAAAACCAGCAUUAUUUUCACACUUAAAUUUGUUUUCGUUUUACAGUAGUGAUUACAGUAAGAUAAUGUUUAUAUGUAUAAACUUGAUGAUUAAUUUAUGUGUAGUUUAGACCACUAUCUUGUUCAAUGACGCCAUUUGUUGUUUAUUUUGUUGUAGAUAGAGGUUGUUUAAAGUGCUUGCAUACCGUAUUAAAUGUCACCCCAGUUUUAGAUUUAAUUGACUAGUCAUUCUAUGCAAUCAAUUAUCUAGCCCUCUUUUUUAUUUCUGAAAAUCGCCAAAAAUUCUUCUUCAAAGUGAUUUUAUUGAUGAAAACAAAGUCACAAUUAUAACUUCAAACUUUAUUUGAAUGUUCGUUUUUAGUUCAGGAUUGUGUCCACCCAUUUAAAAAAAAAAAAAAAAAAUGCUACAAUACUGUAUUACUAUAAAUCCAUAUACUUUUGCCGGUACUUCAUGUAAGAGGAGUUUUUAUUUGCAAAUCAGUGGCGGAUCCAGAGACCUAUCUGGGGGGGGGUUUCCGAAUUUCCAGAGGGGGGUUUCCAAGUGAGGAAAAUGGUGAAAACACAUGAUUUUUAUAGAAAAUUCUCAGGGUUGGAUGGUUUACUGAAGCCCAAAAAAAAACUCUGCAUCCGCCACUGCAAAUGGUUGAAUUUUUUAUUAAAAAGAUACUAUUUCAAUGUUGGAAAUAACUUUCCAUGGAUUUAAUAUUCACAGAAGAUGAAGAUUCAUGUAGGAGUCUCCUCAUCAACCAAAGCUCACAUGUUACUACACAGGAGUAUCAGGGAAAAGUACUCAUGUGAGCAAAAUAAAAGGAUUUUUUUAACAUAUGCACGCUAAGAAUAUAAAUUAUACGAUAGGAAGCAAUUUGUUUGUGAUUUUAACCGCCAGGAAAAUUAUCUAUAUCAUGUGAAUUUUACUGAAAACUCAUUAUUAUGCAAACUGGGUAAAAUAAAAAAUUGUAUGAUUGUUUAUUAAAAUUAACAGUUGCCAUAUUAUUCAUAUUAAAGUACUUUUGAAUUAAAUCUUAGUUAAAUUAAUAUAGAAUUGUACUUGUUCCUUCAUCAUUUUAGUUUUCAUGUAUACCUCUUUUGAAAUGAAUCGCUUUUGAGUAUAUUCUUAACUUGGUGCAUUGCUAAUUUCAUUGUUUCAUAUUUUGCAAAAUAUGUCCCUCGUUGAAUAUAAUUAACUUCUUUUUUUAUUUAAUGUUGUUUUAUUUGUUGAGUUUUGUUAACAGUGAAAUGGAAUUUUCAUAGACUGAUUGUGUGUAUAACAUAUUCAAAAAAGGAAAUGGAAAGAAAAUCCAUGAAAACCAUCCAAUACGUUACAAUGUAUUUCUAACACGAACAAGAUUCUGUAUACAUGUACUGGGAAAUUUCCGCCAUUCAACGGUAAAUACUAUUUUCGCCCAAUAUUGAAUUUGCCCUUCACAUUUAAUAACCAUGUAUAUUAUAUGUUUACAAACGUUUGUUGUAAUAUUAAAUUAGCCCUUAUUACGGAUGACAAAAAAGGCAAAUUAUUAAACUGCAGCGAAAAAUUUCCCGAUAUAUAUUCAGCAAUUGGGUUCCCAUGUGUGCACCACUUUCGGUUUCAUGACUUUUAUUCCCCUUGGAGUGAAUAUUGUUGUAAUGAUGCUUGUUCUUCUGUCUAAAUGUAUCUGUCCAUCCCACCUCCACAAUAAUUGAGUUUCCCUUGGCCGAAUGUUCUCAAAUGUUUCAUACAUUUCUUUCACAACAAAACUACUUAUUUGGGAAUGCUUUUACAGGUCUUGAGGUCAAAAUUCAUAGGUCACUUCAGCAUGGAUAGGAAGUAAGAUUCCUCACACAAGCUUGAGUUCCUGUGUUGACCGUUUGAACUUCAAACGCCGCUCCCUUACUGUAAAUGCUUGCUUGGGAUUCUUUUUCGGUAAAUAUCCAAAUAGAUUUCACUACUGCAUACAUAUUUAACAUGAUUUUAAUUGAAUUUUGAUGGAAAUAUUUUCAUUAAAAUUUUAAACCCAUUUUAAUUGGCUAUGUUUGCAGUAAUGUAACUCAGGGACAGUUAUAUACGUCCCUGUGUAACUACAGGAAAAACUCCAUAAAAUCUUAUAUUUAGAUUGAAUUUGAAAAAUAUUUUUGUAAUCGGAGCUACUGAAAUAAUUUUUGCAACAGUUUUUCCCUCCAUAAAUCAUUUUUAAGUGGGUUUUUUUUAAAUUUUACUAGUCGUAGUUUAAAUCAUGAUUCUUAUCAGACAUUUUUGCCAUAUUCCUUGAUGAUAAUAAUUAAUGAAAAUUUAAAAUGUAUUGUGUUGCACCAUAGGAUAGACUUCAGAAACUGUUUUUAUGUAAAUAUAUUGUAUUUGUUUCCCAGGUGCUAGCCUUGCAUGACGAACGUGUGCCAAUGUAUGCAUACAUGUAUAUCUAUUGUAUGUGUGUGUUUGAUAUUUUGUUCUGUAGUGAAACAUUGUUGUAUAGUCUAGCUCUGCAUGGACAGGACGUCCGGAAACUUACUGUCUUAAACCAAUAUUUUAUAUUGUUUUCGAUCUCGUUGUAUGCAACAAUACUUCAAAAGCUUCUUCCAGAUUUUUUUGGAUUUUUUUGGGAGGAACCAAAAUGUCAGAGACCAUUUAGGUUUCACUGUACAUUUGAAUAUGAUUAUAUCUAAAAUUGUUACAUAUUGUUGUACUUUGUAUCCUUAUGCAAAUUACGUUUAGGUGCAUGUAUUGAUAACUUUUGAGUGUUUUAUUUGAAUUAUGGCUA